AAAAUCAAUCGCAUGCGAAAGAUGAUAUUCUUAAAUUCGGUAUCGACCGCCUACUUGGCCAACAGAUUAUUCAUCAAACAAGAAUUGAUAAGUUACACAGUGAAAUACCAACAGAUAAGUUACACAGUGAAAACUAUUACAGUCAUUUAAACAGUCUAGAGACAAUGAAUGGUCUAUCCAAGAGUAACAACAUAAGAAAUAGUCUAAUCAAACCGUACCCACAACGUGUCGAAAACGGCUCAUACGCUAUACAAUCUUUAAGAGGAGAUGGACGUCAAUUCGAUUCAGAAACUGCAAGGCUUACCAAUAUGACAAAUGGGGAACCAUAUCUGUUACAUUCAAAACAAAGUACAAUCAACAAAACUGUUGAACAUGCCACAUCCAUUCGACGGAAGCGUUCAUGGUCCAGAGCAGUGUUUAGCAGUCUCCAAAGGAAGGGACUGGAAAGGACAUUCCAGGAUCAGAAAUAUAUCACAAAACCAGACAGGAAACGUCUUGCCGCCAAUCUAGGCUUGCACGAUGCGCAGGUUAAAGUUUGGUUUCAAAACCGUCGGAUGAAAUGGCGACACAUGGUUAAAAGUAGAAGACUGCCAUCCACACAAAGCCAUUCUACUAUCAACGAAACAGUAUCUGAGGGAUCAAAUACAUCUGACGUCACAACAGCCGAUGAAGUAUUAGCAUUUUGCAUCGAAGAAGACAGCAGAGAUAUCGACAUAAUAAUAGAUUGA